GCCCAGUCCUAGCCUGUGCAGUCUUGUCAACGUCAACAUACUAAAGAUACAUUUAAACAACAAGCAACCCAAAACAACACCAGUUGAAAUCUUUAGUGUUUAUCGUUCACUACUAAAAGUAAAAACACCAGUGUAUGUACACAUACAAGAGAAUAUAUAACACUGAAAGUGGUAAAGUGUUAAUUAUAAAAUUUUUCGAAGUAGCUUGUGAAAUGACUUUUUCAACAGAAACAUGGAGCCGACGUUGCUCCACAGAGACCGUGUUCAGUGUGCAAGGAAAAGAAACAGAUUUUGUGCAAGACUCGAGUGACACAGAAAUGGGCAGUGACGCGGACAAAGAUGUGGAGUACGAGCCGGUCACGGAGUCCGAGGGGGAGGCGCCCAUAUCCACUGACUCAUCAGGAGAAACUGACAAUGAGGUGAAGACCGCAUGGGGUGGCACAGACGAGGCGGGUUAUAAAGGGGAGGAAUUACAACUGGCAGAUUCCGAGGCAGGCUCCUACGUUUCGGAUAGCGAGCUGGACCUGCACGCGUAUUGGACGUGUGCACGAUGCCGUAGCGUUAAUGACAACACGCGGUAUCGAUACUGCACAAAGUGCUUUAAGGUACGAAAGAACUUCUUUCCGCCGCGGCCGAGAAGAAAGGACAAGCGAUCGGCGGCUACCACCGACGCCCCGAUCGUAUUAUCCCAGGAUUCAGGAGUGGAUUCCCACUUUAGCCAGGAAGCGAAACUCAGCCAAGACUUAGCAGAAGGCCCGUCGAAAGAGACCACUACCACAGACGGGUCAGGUAAGGCCACCAAACGACGCGCCGCUUCCGCCGAACGUACAUAUAAACGGCCCCGACUCGAAUCUGAGUCCGAUGUCGAAACCAAAUCCUGCGUCGAAGUAAGCCCCCUUAUUAAGACCGCCAGUGACCCAGCCGUCACAAUAGAGUCUUUGGAAGCGUACAAAGGCUACAAAACAGACUCCAAAGACUUGUGUAUCAUUUGCUUGUCGGAACCGAAAACCGGCGUUUUUGUUCACCGUCGCGUUGCACAUAUAUGCUGCUGUUACAAGUGUUCGGUUAAAGUUUGGUCGAAAGCCAGGCGUUGCCCCAUAUGUAAUUGCAAAGUUAGUAAUGUUCUGAAAGCGGUGGUGAUGUAA